AUGAUAGAUGGACUUGCUAGUAUAGAUUUCACUGCCUCAGAUCCACAAGUUUCUAGAAAGUUGGGCUCGGGCAUCUCUGGCACAGUGUAUCUCGUGAUUGAUGAGGAUACAUGGCGGUGUGUCAAGGUAGGCAACGCUGACACUUCGCCAGCAGAGUUAGCAGAAGAAGGGAAGGUGCUCUUGCAUCUGGCGGGAGCUGGGGGCGCUCCUAUCUUGUACGGCAAGUGCCUCGAUCCCCAGGCACUGGUUAUAUCGUACUGCGGCUCUUGUACGUUCCAGAACUUACGCAGUUUGGUAAAGACUGACCACGGGUGUAUUAGGAUGAUCUUGCAGCUCGCUCAGGCCCUUGCAGAGGUGCACAGCAAGAUGAUCAUCCAUAAUGACCUUAAAGACGAAAACGUAGUAAUUCGCCAGGGAAAAUUAGGUAAAUGGCCAGAAGUUUCCAUAAUUGACUACGGCAUCGCCAAGCGCCUUGGCCAAGUUACCGCUGGGAUUGAAGGGGAAACAAACUCGAAUUUUCCCUGGAUAGCGCCCGAGAUGUUUAAAUACGGUGCAGUGUGUACGAGAGCUGUAGACGUUUACUCUCUUGGCAAUCUAAUACAUAGUACUGUACACAGGUCGAUGAAAGGUAAGUAUCCAGAGCUGGAGAGGCUGGCAGAGAAAGCAAGCAGCCGAUGCCCCACCGAUAGACCUUCUCUAACGCACAUUAUCAAUGUUCUCCUAAAUCUGGAGAGAAGAACAGACCCCAAGAGGAAUAGACUGCCACCCCCAGGUGCGGAGUACCGGCCAAGCAACCCAGAAAUUUAA